GCUGAAGGGAUUACUUAUCCAACACCAAAAACGUGCGUCCUUAAACUUUUCCAAGUUUCCCUAGACCUUUUUGGCUCGAUUUUGCGUCCCUAGAACAUUCACUAGAACAUCCUUACUAACACUCUCGUUAUCACGAUCGUUUUAUUGCCAAUCGAUUGGAUGUGUCUUACUCUCAUUUAUCCUUAGCUGCCCCCACACCUAUCGGUCGUGUAGUCGACAUCCAAUUGAACUGAGUCAAAGUCGGUUGUUAUACAUGAAACUAUCCUCCGCAGUGGAGAUUCGGGAUUUGGUAAGGAUCACUGUCAGUCUGACAGUUUUCCUGCUGCCUGUGCUUCUUCGCUACCGUCUAGGUUUGCUACCGUCUCGGCUAGUGUUGUACGUAGUACCUACUAGCCCUUCACUUUAGCCUCUCAGUUACAUCCGUGGAACCCAUCCCGUCAUCCUGUCAGCUUGUCCCGUCUGUUUGGGUUGCCGAGUCAUAAGGCAGUAUAUGCAGUAAUAUGGCUCCGCAGCCACGGCUUGAACCGAUCUCUACACGCCCAGUAACACCGUCUAAAAAAAGGCUCAACGUUGCUGAGUUUGACAUUUGGUUUCUCGAAUUUUCUAAUACGUAUAACCUUAAUUUAAGACGAACUCCUCCAGACUUGUCUCCGCAGAAGAAACGAUCUUUACCAUACUAUCCAGAACUACGAUAUUAUGAGCUCCUUAAAGUUCAAUACUUCAAGGGAAAGCAUGUGGUAAUACAGGACUUGUUUGCCCAAGGAGCGAAAGAGAUUCACAGCAAAUGGAUUAAAAAGCCACAUGCAGAACCUGGGGUUACCCCUUUCCCCAGCCAACUCCCUCGGGCAACUACUGAGCCUGAGCGUUGUCAAUUGCUGGGGCUGCUCGGGGCAAUUUUGGAUGACAUUGGCUCACUGAACGUGUCACGAUGCUCUUCCGUCGCACCUUCGAUCUCUUAUCAAUUCUAUGAUGAGCCUCCGUCUCCCACGAGGGAUCGACGCUCCAAGCGCUAUUCUGAUGAAUGGCGGGGAAGUCCUUCCCGUAAAAGGAAUAGGAGCGCACCCUCAGAAGUUGAUACAGAAUGUGAUCCUGACGACGAACCGCCACCUAGCGUGCUUUCUGCUCUUGAUAGGGGUCGUGUACUCACAGCUAGUCCUGUACCUAGCCAAGUAUCAUCGAUCCAAGUGUCGAGUAAUUCAAAAUUAGGUCGAAAUAGAGACCCAUACCGGGUAGACGUUACCGCGGAUACAAGUAGGUCAACAUUUGCGUCUCGAGUGUUCUCGGAUCAUGACGACGACCAACCUCUUCCGGUCUCUCAAGAGACCCAAACUACCGUAAUUGCGAGCAGCUUGGGGAGCGCGAAGUUUCCGUCAUCGCGAGUAAUCGGGUCUGAUUCGGAUUCCUUGGCGCCGUCUUCUAGCACCGAACGUGCCCUCCAAAUCUCUUUCGAUCGCCACCACCAACUGUUUCAGCAGAAUGUGAGCGAGCUUCUUAGAGACAGAUCAUCGAUAUAUUCCGACUUCAGCUAUUCGGAGCAAGAUGUUGCAGGUUCUAUUACUCCUUCUCAACCUUCUCCGUCUUUACGUCCAGCUUCGCCACCUGCAGCUAUUCAACACCCGGCGCCUCCCAGAGUUCCGUCUCCGCUCUCUCCUAAUAAUGAAAAUAUAAGGAAUACGCCACCACGUAUAGUAUAUGGAGGCAGCCAGGAAUUUGAGCAUCGGCUUCAUGAUGUUUGGGCUCAUCUUCCCGAUCAUUUUGAUCGUGCGCCAUUCGUGGUUCGCUGGGAAAUUUUACGAAUUGCCCUUCACUGUGAAGUACAAGUGCAGGACCUGCGGGUUGAAUACGAUCCAUCAUGGUCCGACCAAAGGACACUAUGGGCGAGGCUUCAAUCUUUACCUGUAUUUCGGGGCAAGUCCUUUCCUGAAAAGUCCCGACCUGAAGCUUGGACUGCCGCCCUAAAUGAUAAAUUUGGUACCAGGGAUCAGGUGGUUGUGCUUACCGCCUCGCUCACGGCGAAUACGUCAAAGAACGGACCUCCAUUCCUUCUUAGGCUUAAUCCUCUUAAACUGGAUCUCCCCCAUCGCCUAAGUCGUAGAUUUGGAUCAGACCGUUUCCUUGAACUUGUGAUACCAUCUUUAGGUUCCCAGGAUAUAAGAAACUUCGGUGAAUCCGCUAUAGAGAGUAUCCAGCAGUGGCUAGUCAAUGGAUCGCACGUCCUGCUUAGUCGCGUGUGGGCUUCGUUCUAUCUCAAAUCAGCCUUGCCCAAAAGGAUUACUAACGAGAACGCUCUGGGGCCCCAGUCUAAAACGAUACAUCAAGAGCGGAUAUACCUCUUCGCUGAAGACGGUAACGACUUUCGCCGUCUAAGAGCGGAAGAGCAUUAUUCACCAAAGGGUGAGCCAGUGGGAAUGCAUAGCAAGAUGGGACGUGGAGAUCUUAUCGAAUGGCUCUUACAAACCCCCAAUAAUCAGACCCAGCCAGUGCUAAAGCUCUUUUCACGUAUCGCGCUAGGUCUAAGUCGUACACAUCCGACUAUUAUUCUCCAGCCUAAUCAGAUUCGACACCGACCCAAUGACAUCUUAUCACCCGCCAACAAGGUUAUGAAUGACGGCAUUGCCCUCAUGUCUCAUGGCCUUGCGCGAGCUGUGCGUGAUAUGAUGGGUUUGCAAGACGUACCAGCAGCUUUUCAAGGCCGAUUCGGUAGUGCAAAAGGUGUUUGGCUCCGAGAUACCAACGAUACCAGUGAUGCGAUAUGGAUAGAAACAACUCCGUCCCAGCGUAAGUGGAAUUGUGAUUACGUCGAGGACGAUCACCGAACGUUCGAAGUUCGUAACGAAUCCAGAGAGCUUAAAUCUGCCAAUCUCAAUUUACAGCUCCUGCCUAUUCUUGAAGACCGGGCCAUCAACGCAGCUCAAAUGAAGAUUCAGGUCGGGAACUUUAUGAGAGACAGCCUCAUGAGAGACCUCGAUGCCCAAAAGGCCGCUAUGCAGAGCCCUACCCAGUUUAGACUCUGGGUUUAUGAAAACUCGCCGUCGAGCCGUCGGACGGAGCGUACAAAGCAUUGCCAGGUGCCGUUCACGGCCGGUCUCCCAAAUAGCCGGGAGGACAUAAUGGCCUUUCUUCUAGAUAGCGGGUUUGACCCCACUAAACUGAAGUUUCUAAGCGACAUUGCUUGGAAGUUACGGAUGGAAAAAUGCCAGGAACUCCAAGAGCGGCUCAAUGUAAGGGUUGGGCGCUCUACUUACGCAUAUAUGGUUGUUGAUUUCCUCGGAAUUUUAGAGGAAGAUGAAGUUCACCUUGGGUUCUCCUCCAAAUUUACAGAUGAACAAUCCGGGUUUUCCGAAACCUUCCUCCAUGGAUUUGACGUCCUAGUUGCUCGUACACCUGCACAUUAUCCUAGCGAUAUCCAAAAAGUAAAAGCAGUUUUCAAACCCGAGCUAGGCUCGUUGAAAGACGUCAUCAUUUUCUCAACAAAGGGUGACAUACCCCUUGCUGAGAAGCUCUCCGGUGGCGAUUAUGACGGGGACAUUGCCUGGGUAUGUUGGGAGCCGACGAUUGUGAACAACUUUCGUAACGCAGACAUGCCUGACGUCCCGGACCUAUUCGAGCAAGGUGUCAUACGCAAGGAGACUCUAAAGUAUAAUGAACUUGUAGCAGCCGACGAUAUUACCUCGGAGUUCCUUCUAAGAGCGUUUAAAUUCAACUUAGAACAGAACCUACUUGGUGUGUGCACGAACUACAAAGAAAAGUUGUGCUACGCCCGAAAUUCAGUCCAAGACGAACCUGCGAUCCUCUUAAGCACGCUUAUCAGCAAUUUAGUAGACCGGGCCAAGCAAGGCAUCGUUUUCACGGACCAAGACUGGGCUCGGCUACGCAAAACCCUGAGCAAAAUCGAUCCACCAGAUCCCCAGUACAAGAAGAAUAACUGGAGUGUUCAAGGCAGGCCUAUACAUAUAAUCGACUAUGUGAAAUUUGGCGUUGGUCAGCCUAUAGUCGAGAGAGAGCUAAAGAAAUUCAAUGAAUCUCUUAGCCAAGCGGAGAAUUUUGAUAAGGACCUCGUAAGGUAUUAUCAAUAUUACGAAAAAUUCCAAAGACCAUUCACCGAGCGUAAAGACGCUAUAAAAAAGCUGACUUGGGAAAGGAUUCUGGAAAAGCUCAAGAGGGAUAUUGACGCUGUUGCCCAAGAAUGGCCGAAGUCUCGCGGCGAAUGGGACGCCAAGCUUGCCGGUAUUUAUGACAAAUGGCAAGAAAUUGAACCGACAGACAAAGUUAAGUCGGAUACAGUCAAAUCUCUACUUCUGCAAGAAGACCAAGCUAGGAUCGGCCUUUCAAGUUGGGAUCUAUUAAAGGCAUCAUUCGCCUUUAAGAUGUACUACAGCAAAUUCCCGAAAUUUGUCUGGUAUAUCGCGGGCAAGCAACUAGCGUAUUUAAAGGCUACAUAUACCAGUCAAGAGUUAAGCGCCCCGCCGGUGCUCAUGACUCCUAACAUGUACGCCGGUUCAAGGCCUGAUAACAAAUAUGCCCGGGUCUUGGCGGCUAGAAACGACGGCCGUAACCUAGUCGAGGACGAAGCAAUCGACGAAGAGGCGGCUACGUCCUUAUCUGAUGAGGAGGUUUAGGAGAGUUCAUCGACUAGGGACAACACGUCUCGUUUAUGGAUUGUUAUCAUCCCGGUCGUUCUUGGCCGUUGGUUACGUUACGUUUUAUGAAUGAAUGAUGCCCUUUGAUUUAUUUGUUUCUUGUAUUCGAUGCGAGCGAUUCACUAACAUUUAGCCCUGCGCCACUGAGACACCUUAAGCUUUAUAGCAUAUGGUAUUAGAGAAAUCGUUGGUAAGUGAGCAUGUU